AUGGAGAUCCAAAAUGGAAAUCUGGAGAGAGAUACCAGAUCUUCUAAGCUCAGCCCCUGGAGCAAGCCUUCAGAUGUGCUGAGCAAAGGCCAGAGCCCCAGAAGAAAACAAGUGUGGACUCAGCGAAGCUGCCCUCAUCUGAGGGCGAACCCCACCAGCCCGGGGUUGGGGGGGAUCGGUGGUCUGUGUGAUAUGGCAAUGAGCCCCGUACUGUCGGAGUUCCUGAGAGAGCUCCCAGGCUGGCUCCUGUUCUCUGGCAUCUUCCUGCCCGUGACUUUGCUGCUGUUCCUUCUCAUUGCCUACUUCAGGAUCAAGCUGAUGGAGGUUAAUGAAGAACUGUCACAGACUCCUGACCACCAACACAAUCGUAAGGCUAGCUCUUCCUGGUACCAGAGAGAGAAACGGACGUGA